AUGUUGGCUUAUAUGAGACAAACUGUAAUGUCAAAAUGUCCUGUAUUCUCCAGUUUGUUGACCGUACUUGAAGCGAACCCUAUCCCACAUUCAGAUGUCAAUAGUUCAUUAGAGGUUGAAAUCAAUACGAUACCUCUUUUGAACGCUAAAAACUCG